AUGGAGGUUAAGAAAAAGACCUUCUUGGAGAACUUGCGGCUGAAAACAAAGUUGCCCAAUCUGAGGAAGCCCGGUAAGAAGCCGCUCUCCAAGCAAGGGAGGCAGCUGGCCAAUCGCCGCAGCAUUUCUGUACCAGACCUGAGGUUGGUGCCAGGUGAAACCACACGGAGCGCCUUGCUGUCCACCGAGUCUGAUAACAUCUCCGUUGGCGUUUCUCCCCGUAUGAGUGACACUGAUUCUGUCGCAAGUGGCUCAGUCAACGAUGGACCGAUUUUCAGAAUGGACAGACUUAAUGACUCAUUUCCAGAAGUUACACCCAGGGUUCAUAAGGUCUACGCAGCGGCAGCUAUGAACAGAAUAAGUGCACCAGCAGCUAUGAACAGAAUAAGUGCACCAGAUGCUAUGAAAAGAGUAAGUGCACCAGAAGAUAUCCUGGCCCUUUAUGAGGAAACUGAAUGCAUGAUGAAUUUAGAGAGAAUGGGAAACUUGCCUGAAGAGGCUUUGUAUGCACAGGUGAACAAAAAAUCCAAGGGGAGUGGACAGAUUUUUACUUUGGACCCUGUACCUGCACCAAGAUCUGUUUUUAACAACGCACAGAACAUCUAUCUACCAAGACCAGACCGUACAGAGAGAGGGAGUGUCUCAGGUGAAGACACCUCAGGAGAGAGACUUCUCCCAAGUUCUCUGGCUGCAGCACUGGCCAGAGCCCAUUCACUGGGAGAUCAAUCAACGCCAAACACAGAUAGAAGGGUCAAACCAGUUGAACAGAGGAAGGCAAUAUCAGAAAACAGGACCCCGCCAGUAUCCAAAAGAAAAGCUAUUCCACAAAGCAUGUUUCUGACACUAGACGCUCUGGGUGCUCCUUUGGAGAGUGUAUAUGGCACCUCGCCGGACUCAGCCUCUGGUACUCCCAGCGAAGAGCGGGUCAGUGGGCCCUGGGCAACGGACUCAGAGGAACUGGACCUCUGCUUCCCCACCAUGAUGAGACGGGUCUCCACAGAGGAGGCUCUGCUAGAGGAAACCAGGGACGAGGAGGCUCAGGGAGAAGAAACUCGGGACGAUGAGGCCCUGCAAGAAAUAGGAGAGAUGUCCAGUGAAACGUUUGAGUUCUUUGAAGAAAAUGUUCAAGACCCAACGGACAACUCUCAGGCAACAGGUUCUGAGGUGCAGGAACAUUUUUCAUUCCAGAGAUACCUCCUGAGCAUUAACCUAAAGCAGGGGAGGAACCUGGUCAUCAAACACAAGCGCUCAGGUACCAGCGAUCCAUAUGUGAAGUUCAGAAUUGAAGGAAAGCAGAUCUACAAAAGCAAAGUGGUUUAUAAAAACCUGAAUCCACGGUGGAACGAGACCUUCUCUCAUGCUCUGCGAGAUCGGGAGCACCUUGUGGAAGUUCGAGUCUAUGAUAAAAAUCGGACUGCGGACGAGUUCAUGGGUUCCAGCUCUAUUUCUCUGAAAAAUCUGGAAUUGUACAAAACCUAUGAAAUGGAGUUGCAUCUUGAGGAUCCUAAAAGUAAAGGGGAUGAGCUCGGAGUGGUUUUUGUUGACUUCUGCUUGAUGUUUCGAGAUGCCACCAUCAAGAGAAGCCCUAGAUGGCCACCAAGAAAGAAUAAGGCCGCGGCAUCCCAGCGGCUGGCGGAACCACAGAGGAGUCAGCCCAAGAACCAGAUGUGGAGCGGGAUGCUCAGUAUCACCUUGGUUGAGGGACAGGACCUGCCGCAGUACGGCCACGGGGACGUGUAUGUCCGCUUUCGCCUCGGUGAUCAGAAGUACAAGAGCAAGAACCUUUGCAUUCAGGCCAAUCCCCAGUGGAGAGAACAGUUUGACUUCAAUCAGUUUGACGAUAACCAGGAACCUCUGCAGGUGGAGGUGUACUGGAAAAGAGGGAGGAAGGGUGAAGAAUCAUGGGGGAUGUUUGAGGUUGACCUAUCGAGACUCUCAUUUAAUGAGAGGCACCUCAACACUCAUGUGCUGAACCCAGGAAAGGGCAGGCUAGUGUUUCUGGUCACCCUGCGACCUUGCUGGGGAGUCUCCAUCUCUGACAUUGAAAUUGCUGCCUUGGAGAAGUCUGAUGAGAGACACACAAUAGUGGAGAGAUUUAGCUUGAAGAACUCGCACAAAUGUGUGGGGGAGGUUGGCUUCCUUCAGGUCAAAGUUAUAAAGGCAAAUGAUCUCCAUCCAACAGACCUCAAUGGAAAAACCAACCCCUUAUGUGUUAUUGAGCUCGGUAACAGCAAACUUCAAACUCACACAAUCUACAAGACCGUCAAUCCUGAGUGGAACAAAGCCCUCACAUUCCCAAUCAAAGACAUUCAUGAUGUGAUGGAACUGACUGUCCUUGAUGAAAAUGGAGACAAAACCCCAAGCUUUUUGGGGAAAGUGGCAAUUCCUUUAUUGAGUAUUCAGAAUGGGCAGCAGAUAUGUCCUUACUUGAAGAAGGAAGACUUGGGAAGGGCAUCCAAAGGAACCAUCACACUGGUGCUGGACGUUAUCUAUAAUAAAGUCCGGGCUGGUGUCAGAACCUUCAAACCAGAGGAGACCAAAUUAAUGGAGGAAAACCUGAAGUUCUCCAAAAAGGUUCUUGCCCGGAAUAUAUACCGGGUUCGAAAAAUCAGCACAGCAGUUCUGUACACGUUACAGUACAUUAAAAGCUGUUUUCAAUGGGAGAGCACACAACGCAGUCUAAUAGCCUUUCUGAUCUUCCUGGUGACGGUGUGGCACUGGGAGCUCUUCAUGCUGCCCCUCUUCCUGCUCCUGCUCAUCGGCUGGAACUACUUUCAGCUGUCUACGGGGAAGGCCAGCUCCAACCAGGACCUGGUGAACAUGAGCAUGGGUGACGACGAAGAGGAAGAAGAGAAGGAAUCUGGAAAAAAGGGUUUGAUGGAUAAGAUACAUAUGGUGCAGGAAGUCGUCCUGGUCGUCCAGACUGUUUUGGACGAAAUCGCAAACAUCGGAGAGCGAUUCAAGAACAUAUUCAACUGGUCCGUCCCCUUCAUGUCCUGCAUGACCUGCUUGGUGCUGUCUGUGACAACGGCGCUGUUGUACUUCGUCCCACUGCGAUACAUUGUGCUGAUAUGGGAUGCACCGAGAUCAGACAGCUGCAGAGGUUGCUCUGCUCAGUGUGGGCUGAUGUGGCAGAGCCCAGCAGAGUCAUACAGAAUAGACAGUCAUCUCAGUGGUCAGGGAGAUAACGCUGCCCUGAACAGGCUCUCCUCCUCCAGCUGCGUUAACAAAUUUACCAAGAAGCUGCGCAACCCAUAUUCUAUUGACAAUAAUGAAAUACUGGAUUUCCUCAAGAGGGUGCCGUCUGAUGUUCAAAAGGUGCAGUACAGAGUGCUGAGAGCGCCCACCAGCCAGGGCCAGCCACGGAGGAAAAGGUAG